AUGGACAGUGGUACCCAUACUCCAGAUGAUCCAGAUGAUGUGAAGUUACGACCGCCCAUGGCUUCCGGGCUCUUACUCUCACGUGUAACCAGUGCGCCUGAGCCCAGACGACCGGAUGAUCGUUUUCUUCCGCCUUUCGACCAUACACCGCGCAAACGCGAAUCCCCCAUGGACCGCCCCUACCAGCGAUCUGUCACCGAGCUUUCGUCGCCUUCGACCAAACACUUUUGGCCCUCCGGAGGUUCCAGCCCCCGAGGCGAGGUGGAAGAUGCACCGGACAAGCGUAUCCGCUUAGAUAAUAUACCCGAAAAGACGGAAGCUGGAGAGGACUCGUCAAAGAGAAGGAUGGAUUCUUACACAAGUCAUUAUGUUUACCCGCCCGAGCGUCGCCCGCCCAUUCAACCUCCAGAUGGCGGUGCCACGUAUCGGUCGUUUUUUGGAUCGUGUGGUAAUUGCUCAGAUACUGAAUCCAUGGCGUUGGAACUGGUUAGAUGCUUUUUGGAGCUUCAAUCUGAGAUCGCCCAAACUCUAUCCGUACCGACCGGCCACAAAAGUCCUUUGGAGUCAAUCGGGAUCCAAGUGACUAAACUAGGCCUCAAACAAUCUCUCACAUGGACCAUUGAUGAAAUACGAAAUACCACUCGCCUAGUUCAGGGUAAUGCAGCCACCAAGCCGGGUUUACCCCCUUUGUCCGAUGUCGUCCCGCCGCCGUUCGUAAACGACAUACGCCGUCUCUCCAUACAGGGCCAGGCCUCAGCUCCCCCCCAUAUAAGUGACCUCCGGAGGCUACCCCUCUCCCAAGAUCAUCCUACUCGAACUGAUGAUUUCCACCGAAGAGCCACCGACCAUCCUUCUGACCAGAUGCCUCGACCAUUUGAGCAAACACUCCCGUCCAUUCCACAGGGAGAAGAAAUGAAGCGGAAUCUUCCCUAUGAGCAGAUGCCGCCAGGCACGGGGCAGUCGCCGCAUCCCUCAUCAUCCAGCUCUGUCUUUGGUUCUAUUCAAUCACCGAUGCAGUCUCAACCAUCCAGUCGCACUCUACCGUCCCCCCCGGGGGCCCAAUUCCCCAGGACAGGCGGUUCAGGCUCAGCACAAUACUCGCCGACAACGACGCAAUCCGCCCACAAUUCUCACCUCCAGGACCUUCAACAUCAGAUAUCAACCAAGACAUUGGCACUACAAACCCUACAACGUGAACAUGAUCAACUCCUGGCGGCAUUUUCCCGAUCACAAAUCCGAUGUACCGCUCUGGACAAAAAGUCACAAGUGUCAGAUCACGAAAUUAGCACAUUGACUGAAGAGAAAAUUCGCCUCCAGCAGCAGGUGGAAAGUUUGGAAGCCCAGGUCCAGGAUCUGAUCAAGUCACGCGAUGAAGUACAUCAGCAAUCCACAGCGGAUGGGGCACAGUGGAGGCAAAUUAUGGCAAUGUCAUCACAACUACAACUUAAAGGGGCUGACGAAGCGCGGCGGUUUAAGUUAGAACGCGAAUCCUGGGAGCACGAACGUAUAUCGCUGCACAGACGAAUUGAAGAACUCGAGUCUGGUAAGGAAAUCCUUCCCGAGACGAAAAAGGCGGUGUCUGGCUCCACGACCCCUGUGGCAAACGAUUCCAUUCUGACUUCCGAUUCCAUCGAGGUUCUUAGAGAAGAAAUAACCAGGCUCAGGCGCCACUGCGCCGAAUUGGAACUAAUGCUGCAAGAACUUGCGGGAGAGACUGAACAAAUUGAUAGUGCCAUCAGCGCGAUGGAGAAUGUUCGGAGGACCCUUGCAAGCAAGAAACGUCGUUCAGAUGAUAGCUAG